AUGGAAACCGAAGAAUGUCUGUCCUUCUCGUACACGGUGGACGAACAGAAGUGCGAGACCUAUUCCCAAUAUAUCAAGGAGCAAUUGGACGCUGAUAUAUCCACGGCAACGAUGUACUUCUCCAAGGUCGUUGUCAGCAGCUGCAGAGACAUGCCGCACAUGUAUCCCUCUGGCAUCUAUCCAAUAACUACACCAGAAAAAAACAGCCUGUUCUUGUACUGUGAUAUGAACACUGCCGGGGGACCAUGGACUGUGAUACACAGACGAACAAAGGGAGAUGUUGAUUUCUAUAGUGAAUGGGCUGACUACAAGAGGGGAUUUGGUACCCUCCACGGAGAUUUCUGGAUAGGCAAUGAUAACCUUCACCUCCUGACAAAUACCCCGAGGAAGCUACGUGUGGAAUUACAGGCCUGGGACGGGACAUGGGGUUAUGCUGAGUACACGAAUUUCCGGGUAGCUGACGAAACUGAAAAUUAUAAACUUCUGGUGAAUGGUUUUUCCGGGAACGUGUCAUAUAACCCCAUGGAUAUCAGUAACGGCUCUCCGUUCUCCACGAAGGAUAAAGACAACGAUGAAUCAUCUCUCCACUGCGCUGUGUCUUUGAAAAGUGGUUGGUGGCAUAAGGGAUGUACAGAUGUCAAUCUGAACGGACUUUAUCUCAAUCCUACCGACGUAGACGAUGGUGGCAUGUCAGUAAUGCGCUGGAAUUAUUUCCCAUAUCCAGAUACAAAGUAUAAUUCGUUAAAACAGGCCAUGAUGAUGAUUCGCCCGUCUUUUGACCGCUGGAAGGCAUCACCUAAAUCCUUGAACAGAGAACUUAAUCUUAUUUCUUAA